UUCCCCGGGAAUCAAAUCGGUUAAACAAAUCGGGGAACCUCUACAGUUACCAAGGAACAGGGGAACACGAUCAAAUGAUUUCGUCCCUAUCCGUCGGAUUCUACGUGUCUUCACGUGACGCCGGUUUCGGAUUCUCCCUGUGCAACCGGCUGUUACUUCAAUCAUGAAAUUUUUGAUUUCUACUCGAAAGAUCUAACGAGCAACACUUCUACAACUACCACUUUGACUCCCUCACCAGUAAGAGAGUGGCCGUUUUUAUUUGAAGUGGAGCUGUGUAUGCGAUGGAGAGCUAUUUGAACGACAACUUUGGGGAGGUGAAAGCAAAGAACUCGUCGGAGAAGGCGUUGGAGAGAUGGAGGAAGCUUUGUUGGCUUGUCAAGAACCGGAAACGAAGAUUUCGAUUUACAGCAAACCUCUCCAAACGUUUCGAGGCUGAGGCUCUCCGUCGCUCCAAUCGGGAAAAGUUCAGAGUUGCAGUUUUGGUUUCGCAAGCUGCACUUCAGUUCAUCCAUGGUCUAAAUUUAGCCAGUGAAUACACUGUACCUGAUGAGGUCAAGACAGCAGGUUUUCAAAUAUGCGCUGAUGAGUUGGCAUCAAUUGUCGAAGGCCAUGAUGUGAAGAAGCUGAAAAUUCAUGGUGGGGUAGAGGGUGUUGCAGAUAAGCUGUCCACAUCAAUAAAAAAUGGAAUUUCUACCUCCGAAGGGUCUCAAAAUCGAAGAAGAGAGAUUUAUGGAAUCAAUAAAUUCACAGAAAGCCCAGCUCAGGGUUUUUGGCAUUUUGUAUGGGAAGCCUUUCAAGACAUGACCCUCAUGAUACUUUGUGUUUGUGCGAUUGUCUCUUUGAUUGUUGGUGUAACAGUUGAAGGAUGGCCAAGUGGUGCACAUGAUGGACUAGGAAUUGUAGCUAGCAUCCUGCUUGUUGUGUUUGUCACAGCGACAAGUGAUUAUAGGCAAUCUCUGCAGUUCAAGGACUUGGACAAAGAGAAGAAAAAAAUAACAGUGCAGGUAACCAGGAGUGGGUUCAGGCAGAAGAUCUCUAUCUAUGAUCUACUUCCUGGUGAUAUUGUUCAUCUUGCAAUUGGAGACAUGGUUCCAGCUGAUGGACUUUUUAUAUAUGGGUUCUCUGUGUUGAUAAAUGAAUCCAGUUUAACUGGAGAGAGUGAACCUGUUAAUGUGAAUGCAGCCAAUCCUUUCCUCCUCUCUGGAACAAAAAUUCAGGAUGGGUCAUGCAAAAUGAUUGUGACUACCGUUGGGAUGAGAACCCAGUGGGGUAAACUUAUGGCUACCCUUAGUGAAGGAGGGGAUGAUGAGACCCCAUUGCAGGUGAAACUCAAUGGAGUGGCAACUAUUAUUGGCAAAAUAGGCCUGUUUUUUGCCGUUGUGACAUUUGCUGUUCUGGUACAAGGAUUGUUUAGCCUCAAGCUAGAAAAAGGUAGCCACUGGAUGUGGUCUGUAGAUGAUGCAAUGGAAAUUCUGGAAUUCUUUGCCAUUGCUGUCACAAUUGUUGUGGUUGCUGUUCCUGAGGGGCUGCCCUUAGCCGUGACAUUGAGCCUUGCUUUUGCCAUGAAGAAGAUGAUGAAUGAUAAGGCACUUGUCCGCCAUCUUGCUGCUUGCGAGACAAUGGGAUCUGCCACAAGUAUCUGUAGUGAUAAGACUGGGACACUGACUACUAACCACAUGACUGUCGUGAAAGCAUGCAUUUGUGGGAAAAUUAAUGAAAUGAGUGGCUCCAGGGAAACUUCUAAUUUUGCCUCUACAAUUCCUGAUUCUGCUGUGCGUAUUCUGCUUCAAUCAAUAUUUACCAACACAGGGGGAGAAGUUGUUAAUGGCAAAGAUAACAAAACUGAAAUACUUGGAACACCAACAGAAGCUGCUCUUUUGGAAUUCGGUUUGAAGCUUGGAGGGGAUUUUCAAAAAGAACAUCAAAACUCAAAAGUUGUGAAAGUUGAGCCAUUCAAUUCUUUGAAGAAGCGAAUGGGGGUAGUGCUUGAGCAUCCUAAUGGAAGUUUUCGGGUCCACUGCAAGGGUGCUUCUGAAAUAAUUUUAUCUGCAUGUGAUAAAGUCUUGGACUCAAAUGGGGACGUGGUUCCCCUUGAUGAAGUGUCUAUCAAUCGUCUAACUAAUACUAUUGAGCAAUUUUCUAGUGAAGCUCUUCGAACUCUUUGCCUUGCGUACCUUGACAUUGGUAGUGAUUUUUCUCCUGAAAAUUCUAUUCCUGUUAAAGGUUACACUUGCAUAGGUAUUGUUGGCAUUAAAGACCCAGUGCGACCUGGUGUCAAGGAGUCUGUUGCUAUCUGUAGAGCAGCUGGUAUUACAGUUCGGAUGGUAACUGGAGAUAACAUUAACACUGCGAAGGCCAUUGCUAGAGAAUGUGGAAUUUUGACUGAUAAUGGUAUUGCAAUUGAAGGACCAGAAUUCCGGGAGAAGAGUGAUGAAGAAUUGCUUGAACUCAUUCCAAAGAUUCAGGUGAUGGCCCGCUCAUCUCCAUUGGAUAAGCAUACCCUUGUGAAACAUCUUCGCACUACUUUUGAGGAAGUUGUUGCAGUGACUGGUGAUGGUACAAACGAUGCUCCAGCGCUUCAUGAAGCAGAUAUCGGUUUGGCAAUGGGCAUUGCUGGAACUGAGGUGGCUAAAGAAAGUGCAGAUGUUAUCAUUCUGGAUGAUAAUUUUUCUACAAUUGCAAUUGUUGCAAAGUGGGGGCGUUCAGUUUAUAUAAACAUUCAAAAAUUUGUCCAGUUCCAGCUUACGGUUAAUAUUGUUGCCUUGAUUGUGAACUUUUCUUCGGCAUGCUUGACAGGGAAUGCUCCCCUUACUGCCGUUCAGCUUCUAUGGGUCAAUAUGAUCAUGGAUACUCUAGGAGCACUUGCAUUAGCUACAGAGCCUCCUAAUGACGACUUGAUGAAGAGAUCACCAGUUGGUAGGAAAGGAAACUUCAUCAGCAAUGUCAUGUGGAGAAAUAUAUUGGGCCAGUCCUUGUAUCAGUUUGUGAUAAUAUGGUAUCUUCAGGCAAGGGGGAAAGCAGCUUUUCUUCUUGAUGGUCCAGAUUCUGAUUUGAUAUUGAACACACUUAUAUUUAACUCAUUUGUCUUCUGUCAGGUUUUCAAUGAGAUCAGUUCCAGAGAGUUGGAAAAGAUCAACGUCUUCAAAGGCAUAUUGAAGAACUAUGUGUUUGUGGGUGUUCUCACUUGUACUGUCCUCUUCCAAAUUGUGAUUGUUGAGUUCUUCGGUACAUUUGCCAAUACAUCACCUCUCAGUUGGCAGCAGUGGUUUAUUAGUGUUUUCCUUGGAUUCCUUGGGAUGCCAAUUGCAGCCGCUGUAAAAAUGAUUCCGGUUGGAUCAAGUUGAGAUCGAGGCGAACUACAGGUUUCUAUUGACAUGGUUAUCCAAAUUUUGAUCCAAUAUGCUACGUUCUCCGUCACCACACAGCAUUUUUUUUUUACUUUGCGAUCACUUCGUACGGAAGUAGCAUUGCUUGCCUGGUAGAACUGUUUUUUGGUAAGGUUUAAAAAGGCAGCGCAGUGAAAAGAUGGCUCAAAAGAGCCGGAAGAUACCAAUGUUGGAGGCGUGUAACUGAUUACUUGAAACUGUUCCAAGCAAUGUAAACUGAAUACAUGAAACUGUUUCAAUCAUCUCAUUAUUUAGCUUUCGAGGAGUAUUCUAGUU